AGGCUGAUGUGGAGGAGCCCUGGAAAGAGGCGCACUGACUCCAUGUGCGCAAGUGGAUGAGCCGCCAAUGCAAUUAAGAGUGCGCGGAAAGGAGCGAUAUACCCGGGAAUUAAAGUGACUCUGUACCAAGGGGAAUGAAGAGAAGCAUCGCGAGUUCUAAUAACGAGCUGAGCAUAUUUCUCGCUAUGGCACGGAUUUGCACUCGUAUAAAUGCACAUUUUGCGAAGAUGACAUAGCACUUGACAAAAAUGGGAUUCCUCCGAGAGCCGAACUCACUAACGACCUGAAUGAGUAAACAGAGACUGGAUUCAGAUUGGGGCUCAGUUUGGGAGUCUCUGCCUUGACAAUCCACGGUUGUGAGUGAACUGCAGUUGCCUAAAUAUGAAUCUGCGUAAAGCCCUUCUGCUUUUCCUCUUCCUAAAUAGUGUGACAAUGACUCUAACCCUUUCUACCUGCACCACUGUGGACAUUGACCACAUCAAGAAAAAGAGAGUGGAAGCAGUGCGGGGACAGAUUCUCAGUAAACUGCGGCUGACCAGUCCGCCUCAGACCACUGGUCCAAGUCAGGUACCCUACCAGGUUCUCGCCCUCUAUAACAGCACCAAGGAGCUUAUUGAGGAGCUGGGACGGGACAAGCAGCAGAGUUGUGGCCAGGAUAACACGGAGACUGAGUACUAUGCAAAAGAGAUUUACAAGUUCAGCAUGAUCAGUGGUCCUGAGCACAAUGACCUCCCCUAUUGCCCUAAAGGAAUCACCUCCAGGGUUUUCCGCUUCAAUGUGUCCAUCAUGGAGAAGAACUCCACCAACCUGUUCCGGGCAGAGUUCCGUGCUCUGAGGGUCCCCAAUCCUGCUGCCAAGAGGAACGAGCAGAGGAUCGAGCUGUACCAGAUCCUUCAGAAAGACGACCCCAAAGCCAAGCAGCGCUACAUUGGGGGCAAGAACGUUCUGACCAAGGGGACACCCGAGUGGGUCUCCUUCGACGUGACCGACACAGUGAGGGAGUGGCUCAUGUACAGACAGACUAACCUGGGCCUGGAGAUCAGUGUCCACUGUCCCUGCCACACUUUUAAACCCAAUGGGGACAUCAUCGAGAAUGCCAAUGAGGUACUGGAGGUCAAAUUCAAAGGUAUGGAUGAAGAUCUGAGCCAUCAGAAGGAGCAGAAGGAGCAGCUCUACCCCCACCUCAUCCUCAUGAUGCUGCCACCACAUCGACUGGACACUCAGUCCUCGUCGCGAAGACGCAAGAGGGCACUGGACACCAAUUACUGCUUCAAUAAUUAUGAGGAGAACUGCUGUGUGCGACCACUAUAUAUUAAUUUCCGCCAGGACUUGGGCUGGAGGUGGAUUCAUCAGCCUGAAGGGUACUACGCCAACUUCUGCUCGGGGCCCUGUCCCUACCUACGCAGCUCUGACACAACCCACAGCACGCUGCUGAGCCUGUACAACACUCUGAACCCAGAAGCAUCAGCGUCACCCUGCUGUGUUCCUCAGGACCUGGAGCCCCUCACCAUCCUCUACUAUGUGGGUCGCUCGCCCAAAGUGGAGCAGCUGUCCAACAUGGUGGUCAAGUCCUGCAAGUGCAGCUAGAGACAGUGAGAGAGACACAGACUGGCACUACUCAGGAGCUGGCAGCAGGGGUUUGAAUUACUCACCGCUGCUUCUACAAAAUGUACAAGGACUCUUUAAUCCACCGACAAGAAGCAAGCUGAAAAU